UUUCUUUUCUUGCCUUGUCUUCUUCCCCUUCUUGACUUCUCUCCUCUCUCCUUCGAACCCCGACAGUAAUUUUGACCGUUGCUUUCUCCAACGUCUCUUCUCCUCACGCUCCUCCACAGCUUCUUUUGACCAUUACACACAACCGUAUUAGGUUCCUCUCUUUUGUCUUAUCUCUCUUUUUUCUGGGUUUCUUCUUUGCUUUUUCUUUAACAUUUCACCAGAACCAAUCCAAGAUUUUCCACUGUGCAUGGGUUUUAGUUAUUUCUUGAAGAGGGUUUAAGAAGAGUCUUGUAAGCUAAGCAAAGAAUCUUUCUUCAGAGACAUUAAGUUAAAAAAACAAUGUUUUUUUCUAUGCUAUCUUCUUGAUCUGUGUGGAUUUUGAAGCUUAAAGAGAGAGAGAGAAAUGGGAUGUUCUCAUUCGAAGCUAGACGACGAGGAAUCAGUUCAGAUCUGUAAAGACAGAAAACGUUUCAUCAAACAAGCGAUAGAACACAGAACCAAGUUCGCUUCUAGUCACAUUGCUUAUAUACAGUCCCUUAGAAAAGUCUCUGACGCUCUCCAUGACUUCAUCGAAGGAGACAACUACAAGCCUCCUCACGACUUUCUUCAGGACUCAUUCGUGACUCCUGUUAAGAGACUACCGCCGAGCAGAAGCCGCCGCCUUAGUAGCAGCAACAGGAGCGGCGGCGGUGGAGGUGAAUUCAUAACGAUUUCACCAUCUUCUAUGCCUCAGAAAAUGAUUCAAGAUAAGCCAAGAACGAAGGUGAGAGCGAGUUACUUGAUGGCUAACAGAACCAGACCGGUUCGUGUUGAAGAGAGGUCUCCUGAAACGUUUCGUGUUGAGUCGUUCUCACCUCCAAGUCAACAAUAUGGAGAAGCAGAUGGUUUCUUUGGGAUGAAUAUGAAUAUGAACAUGAACACUUCUGCAGCUUCUUCUUCUUCGUUUUGGAAUCCUUUGAGCUCUCCUGAGCAACAGAGGUUGAGUACUCAUAACAUCCCACCUCCUUCACCGCAGAACUCUCAGUGGGACUUCUUCUGGAAUCCCUUCUCUUCUUUGGAGUAUUAUGGAUAUAAUAAUAGUUAUGAUAGAGGAAGUGUUGAUAAUAAUAGGAGUGGUACUAAGGAUGAUGAGGUUAGAGGACUGAGACGUGUUCGUGAGGAAGAAGGGAUUCCAGAUUUGGAAGAAGAUGAUGAACCUCAACCUCCUCAGCCUGUGAGGUUUCAUACUCCUAAAGUAGUAGUAGAAGAAAGUAAGAGUUGUUGCAAGGAGGAAGUUAAAGUUGAAGAUGUUGAUGGCAAUGAUGAUGAUGAAGAUGAUGAUGAGUUUACUGAUAGUGGCUGUGAAGAAAGUGAGAACGAGGGAGAUGAGAAAUGCGUUGGAAAGCAAGAACAGCGAACAGUUGAGGUGCCUAGAGUUGAAACUACAGGGAGUGUUGCUGUUGAAGAGGUGAAGAAUGUAGUUAACGUUGCUAAAAGAGAGACGCCAGGCUUCACAGUCUACGUGAACAGGAGACCGACGAGCAUGGCUGAGGUAAUCAAAGAUCUUGAAGAUCAGUUCACAACUAUAUGCGACGCGGCUAAAGAAGUCUCGGGGCUAUUGGAAGCUAGCAGAGCUCAAUACGCACCAUCCUCCUCUAGUGAUCAUAGUGCAAUGAAAAAGCUGAAUCCAGUAGCUUUGUUCCGCUCCGGUUCAUCAAGAUCUUCCUCUUCAAGAUUCUUGCUCACUUCUUCUUCUGGUGGUUCAAAGGAGAGUGGCUCUGAGAGCAGAAGCGAUGGUUCAGAUGAGUCUUGCAUGGUUUCAGGUAGCCACCAGACAACAUUGGACAAGCUUUUCGCGUGGGAGAAGAAGCUCUACGAUGAAGUUAAGUCUGGAGAGCGUGUUAGAAGAGCAUACGAGAAGAAAUGCAUGCAGCUGAGGAAUCAAGAUGUUAAAGGAGAUGAUCCUUUUGCAGUUGAUAAAACAAGAGCUACCAUCAGAGACCUAGACACGCAGAUAAAGGUCUCUAUACACUCCAUUGAAUCUAUCUCCAAAAGGAUUGAGACUCUACGCGACCAAGAACUGUUGCCUCAGCUUCUCGAGCUUGUUCAAGGAUUGACAAGGAUGUGGCAAGUGAUGGCAGAGAGUCAUCAAAUACAGAAACGAACACUGGACGAAGCUAAAAUGUUACUUGCAGGCACACCAGUCUCAAAGCGUCACAAGAAGAGACAACAACAACAGCCUUCAAUAAUGCCAGAGACCAUCAACUCACAAAGAUUAGCUCAAUCUGCACUGAAUCUUGAAGCUCAGCUUCGAAACUGGAGAUCCUGUUUCGAGUUCUGGAUCACGUCUCAAAGAUCCUACAUGACAGCAUUAUCCGGUUGGCUUCUUAGAUGUCUCAGAUGUGAUCCUGACCCUGAGAAAGUUAGACUAUCCUCAUGUCCUCACCCGAUAUACCGAGUCUGCAUCCAGUGGUCGAGGCUGCUCAACAGCUUGAACGAGAAGCCGGUUCUGGACAAACUCGAGUUCUUUGCCUCCGGGAUGGGUUCAGUCUAUGCAAGACAGGUUAGGGAAGAUCCGAACUGGAGUGGAGGCGGGUCAAGAAGAUAUUCCGGGUCAGAGAGCUUGGACCUUGUGUUGGCUGAUAGAGUGGGAGAAGAAGAUGUUGUGAUGACUGCUGAGAAACUUGCAGAGGUUGCUGUUAAAGUUCUCUGCCAUGGGAUGUCUGUUGCAGUGAGCUCACUCGCUGAGUUUGCUAUCAACUCAGCUGAUGAACACUCAAAGCUUGUUAACCAACCAGAGGAAGCUGCUGACGCCAAGCCGGAUGUAAAUUCCAAUUCCUAAUUGUUAUUUUGGUUUUUAGAGAAUAGGUUAGGUUACUUGGCUAUCAUCUUUUGCUAU